AUGGAUGCUCGAAACGAAACACAGUAUGCAGCCAUUAUGGGUCCCUUCGAUGCCGAACAACACGGUGGAGGAGUCGCGCGUUUUAUUGGAGUUAUGCCACACAACAGCAACCGAGACUUGACUUUUGAAUGUUUGACAUCCACACAACUUGUCAUUCACAGCGGUCUGAGUAGCUUGGAUCGUGACCCAAUCAACGGGACAACACCUGAUGCACUCAUAUGUUUCGGUGGAGGUUUGGGUACGAUUUGUGAACUCGCUUUUGGUAUUAGUGCUGGACGUGAAGCCAUUUUUCAUGAAAAUUGCGCGCAAAACUUGCUCGACAUAUGUACAAAAAACAAGCGCGAUGAUAUAGAACAGAUACUGUCGCAAUUGGCUGUCGAAUGGCAAACACAUAUACAGCUUCCGGAUGGUGGCGCUGUCGCAAUCAUUGAUAUACUAACGGAAUAUCUUCGUAAGGCUGUUGACCGUGUACCAUUGACGUCCGCGCCGCCAAUAGUACAAGCUGUGCUGGAUAUCCUACCAAAUCAGCUGCCGGAUAUUCCAGCCUUUCCCGGUCUACUCGAUUCCCAUCGUAAGCAACAACAACUACGCGAGUUUGCUACAUUGUGGACGAUACUUUCGAAAGAUGCACCAUAA